AUGCCGGCAGAGAAGAAGAACGACGCGACAGCGACGCGGAAACCCGACUCACCGCACUCCCCGAAGAGCCCAGCCUCCUCCAGCGCGACAACAGCCUUCGCCACGCCGAAGAAGAAGUCCAUCAUGCGACCAAAACAGAAACCGACGACAGUUCUCGUGAGCAAGAACAACUCUACGAAUAGUAGUACAUCCUUAGGCAAACACCCACAUUUUCUUUCGCCAUUACCAACGAGCUCGCCAACGAGGCCGCGCGACUCAGCAAAGGGUGGCCUGCUCCCGCAAGUGUCACCCUCUUCCACAGGGAGCGCUGAUGCACCUACACCGAAGCCAGGCUGCGCCGGCGGUGACGGCAAGGACCAUCAGGUUAACCACGUAGCCGUUCCGUCCAGCAUGAGCUUAGAGCCGUCGUCGCGGCAGAACUCGGCGACGCUGAACCCCAUUUGCCGCCACAACAGCAUGCGAAAAACCGCUUUCGUUGUUGUGGACUACGGUGCAACCGCCGAGCAGGGCACCCGCAAGACAAUGGAGGAUCAGCACACAAUGCUAUUCGAGGGAAUUCCGUUUUUCGGCGUCUACGACGGUCACGGCGGCACCCAAUGUGCCGAGUACCUCCGCGACCAGCUGCACGGACUCAUUCUCGGCCACCCGGAGGUGAAAACUAAUCCUGAGAAGGCCAUCAUCGAUGGCAUUGUAGAGGCUGAUCGCGCCUUUCUCGCACGCUCUGAGGCGGAGACGAACGAGUCUGGAAGCGUCUGCGCCGUUGCUUUGAUUAUAGAUGACAAGCUUGUAGUAGGAAACGUGGGCGACGCGGAAGUUGUGCUGUCGCACAACGCAAAGCCUGUAGUUCUCACAGUGCGACACAGCAUCUCCAGUAACCCGAGCGAGGAGGAGCGGAUUCGAUCUGUAGGAGGAAAAGUGUGCCACAAUCGUGUCGGACACCCAAACUACAACCCUGCGGUGGUCAGCCUUGCCGUGACGCGCGCUAUUGGAGACGCAGGCUUCAAGCUUCCUAAGUACACGGAUGGCAAGCCCUCUGGCGUGAUCGCUGUCCCAGAGACGUCGGUUACGCGACUGACAGAUGAUGAUGAGUUCCUCGUGAUUGGCUGCGACGGACUCUGGGAUGUCAUGACGUACGCGGAGGUGGUGGAUUUUUGCUACCAACGAUUUGAGGAAGGUGUACCGGCGCAGUGCAUCGCCGAGGAGUUAGCUCAGGCGGCGCUCAUGAAAGGGAGCACUGAUAAUGUUACCGCCAUGUUGGUACACUUGACGCGCCGGGAAGGGCCUCUCAGCACACGCGAAUUUGUACCAGAGGCGGCUGUGUCGACCUCAACGCGCAAUCUCUCCGAGGAGCCGUAG